AUGAGAGAUCAACCACGACUUAGUCGACCUUCAACUAAGAAAACAUCUGAAAAUAUUGAAGAAUUUCGUUGCCUCAUUCAUGAUGAUUCUUAUCUUACGAUUAAUGAAACACAACUGGAGACUGGAUGGUAUACUACAACUAGAAUGAAUAACAGACGACAUGGGCAUACAGCAUCAGUAUUAACAAAUGAAAAGGUAUUAGUUGUUGGUGGAACUGUUGAUGGAUAUAUUACGUUAGAUAGUACUGAGUUGUUCGACCCAUUAACAGAAACAUGGACAGCCACUGGUGGAUUGAAUGUUGCACGAUUUGCACAUGCAGCAUCUGUAUUACCAAACGGGAAAAAUUUAUAUGAUCCAUCAACUGGAAUUUGGACACUUACUGGUAAUAUGACCUAUGAAAGACAUUUUCACAGAGUAUCUAUUUUAACAAAUGGAAAAGCAUUAGUUACAGGUGGAAAAUAUGGUAAUUAUUUUCUAAAUAGCGCUGAAUUAUAUGAUCCAUCGACAGGAAUGUGGAGCCCCACAGGUAGCAUGAAUGGUUAUCGAUAUUGGCAUACAGCAUCUGUUUUGAAUAAUGGCAAAGUAUUAGUUGCUGGUGGACAUAAUAAUUGGAUAAUGCUGAAUAGUGCUGAAUUAUACGAUUCAUCAACAGGAACAUGGACAACCACUGGUAGUAUGAACACAGCUUGUGCUGCACACAUGGCAAUCGUAUUGACAAAUGGUAAAGUAUUAGCUACUGGUGGAAAUAAUAGCAAUGUGUUUCUCAAUAGUGCUGAAUUGUAUGAUUCAUUGACAGAAUCAUGGACAACUAUUGGCAAUAUGAAUCAUUCACGAUGCUAUCAUACAGCAUCCAUGUUAAUUAAUGGAAGUGUUAGUUACUGGUGGUUAUAA